UGCAGAAGCAUAGCAGAAGAGAGAGCGAGCAAAAAAAUGAGGUUCAACUUCGACGUGUACGAUCGGGAUAUAGAGCAGAGGCGCUCCGUCACACCCAAAGACGAAGUGGAAUGGGUUCCCCUCCAGAACCACCCCAUCUUCACCCCCAUCUCCGCCACCUCAGACCACGCGUCUACCACCGCCGCACUGCCGAGAAACUUGGUGGCCUGGGACGGAGCCUCCCGAAUCUACUUCUGGGAUCUCGACAAGCAGUGCCUCCACCGCAUCUCUAUUCGACUCGGCGAGCCCCAACCCACCUCUGUCCUCGCUGCUUCGCCCACUAAGGUAUUGCAAGCAGAUAAACAGCUCAACUUUGUGGUUCAUAAAAUCUCCAUCAAUAGAAAUGGAUCAGCACUACUACUUGCCGGUUCAGACCAUUUAUGCGUCAUGUACCUUUAUGGGCGUAAUUCUACUGAAGAGAAUGCCAUAAUUUGCAGGACUGUUACCGUUGGAUCAGAAAUCUACCAUGAUGGCAGCAAUGCCAUACGUAUGCUACAGGUUUCAUGGCACCCUUAUAGUGAGACCCAUUUGGGAAUUCUUUCUUCUGAUUCAGUUUUCAGACUCUAUGAUUUGUCUUCAGAUCUUGUGCUACCAGAGCAAGAAUAUUAUCUACAGCCAGUGCAACCAGGUGGAUCGAGGAAUGCCACAUCAAUCUGCCCUGUUGAUUUUUCUUUUGGGGGUGACCACUUAUGGGACAGGUUUAGUGUGUUUGUAUUAUAUGCUGAUGGUUCAAUUUACAUCCUCUGCCCGGUUGUUUCAUUUGGGAGUGUCUACAAGUGGGAAUCUAUACUAGAGAUACACACUGAUGCUCAUACAUAUGGGCUGAAAUCAGGCCAUUCAACAGCUGUUAGUAAUUCUAGUCUGGCAAUUUCUUGGUUGGAAGCAACAUUUCCUGAGUUAGCACACCAAGAAGCAGAAGGGGCAGAUCUGUCUAUGCUAAGAGCUCAUCCCUAUGCUUUAUUUGAUGCAUCACUUUCCUUGCAGGGGCCUCUGCGGAGAGUAUGUCAUGGUAGGAACGAAGAUUUAGCAGUUCGGGGUGCAGAAUGUGAAGGCCGUGCAGUCAGUUUUCUUUAUAAUUUGGUCAGCAAAGACUCAGUUUUUGUGACUGCCUGGAGUGGUGGGCAAUUGCAAAUAGAUGCCCUAGCUGAUGAAAUCCAGCCAGUGUGGAGUGUUGGUAGUCCACUUCGUCUUCGUGUUGAUUCAAACAAUCAAAUUCUGGGUCUUGCUAUGAUUUGUGAAUCGAUUGAAGGGAAGCUUCCCAUUGUGAAGCUUGAUGAGCCACUUGAUCAUACUAUUUGGUUGGGCCAUUCACCCCCUUUGUUGAGACUGGCUAUAGUGGAUUUAGCUCUGCCAAGGAAAACGGAUAGUGGUUAUGUCAUAAUGCUGUUUUUCGAUCCCCUUAUGCCAGAAAGAUUAUUUUCCCUUCAUGAUGGUGGGAUAGAUUCAAUAGUGUUGCAUUUUCUCCCAUUUACAAGUCAGACUACUGGCAAGGAUGAGACCAUGAGAACACCCUCUGUGCAUCCUGUUCUAAGUACAUGCCAGGGAGAAACCUCCAUGCAGUCUCCACUUUGUGGUUUUGUGUCUUUAUGGGAUUCUUUUGGAUAUUCAUGGACUGUGGGAGUCACUGAUUCUCGGGAAUGUAUUGUGCUAGAGAUGAAGACUUGGAACCUGUUGCUGCCUAUUCAUGUUGAUAUGGAGAAGAAGUCCAUUAGCUCGGAAGAACAGAAAGAGAGAGAUGCACCGGAUGUUAUAAGCAAAGAACUCCUUAUUGGACCUAAGGCUGUUCUUCUUCCACAGGCCUCACCAAAUCUACGUUCUGUUGCUGCUGAUUCUAUUGAAGGUCGGCAAACUCUUCAUCAGUACUUCAAGCUUUUCCAUGAAAAUUAUGUGGAAUAUGCACACAAGGUUCACUUUGAGAUCAAGCAUCAUGGGCCUCACUUGAAGAGAAUAAUUGAUGACCAGCAUGCUCGUUUAGUUGGGGUAGAGCAGAACCUUCAGAAAGUUGAGGAUAAGCAGUUGAGGUUGGAGGAGAGGAUUGAUCGUGCAACCCAGGUGCACAAUUUGCUGGAGCAGCGCUUGCAACGGUUGAGAAACUUGCCUGGUGCUCAUAAAAAACCACUGUCUAGGGCAGAGCGAGAGUUCAAGUCUGAGCUUGACCACUUUACAGGAGUUGAAUUGGAUGCUUUGUACUCUUCCAUUGACGCUGUAGCUGCAAGGCUAAGAAGGCACACACAAUCUUCGAAGGACAAUGUAUCAAAUCGACAGAGACAAAUAUCAGCGAAGAAGGAUCUUGCCCAUGAUGCCCACAUCUCCCAGCUGAAAUCCUCACUUGAGAAGAUUUCUCUUGUCAAUAGUGAGAAUUCGAAAAAGCUUAAGAUCGUCGAGUCUGAAUUAAAAAGCCGGGAAAGCAGCAGGUUCUGAAACCUACCCUUCUUUUGAUUACGCAGUUGAAUUAUAGGUUUCUGGUGCUAGGUUGGUUUGUACCUAAAUAUUGUUUAAUGCAAAAAAAAAAAAAAAAAAAAAAAAAAAAAAAAACAAU